AGAUAGUAGUGAAAAUAAUUUGGUAUUUGAUUAUGAUAGUUUGCAAAAGAAAAAAAGUAAAAAAACUGAAUUAAUUUAUAUUAAUGAUGAAGAACAAGAUAGUUAUGAUAGUAAUACAGAUGAUAUAAAUGAAUAUAAAAAACAAGAAAUAGAUUAUGAUAAUGAAUAUAAUUCAUAG